AUGAGGGCAGCAGGGCGCACGGGGCGCACAGGGCAGCAGGGCAGCAGGGCGCACAGGGCUGCAGGGCAGCAGGGCGCACAGGGCAGCAGGGCGCGCGGGGCGCACAGAGCUGCAGGGCGCGCGGGGCGCACAGGGCAGCAGGGCAGCAGGGCGCACAGGGCUGCAGGGCAGCAGGGCGCGCGGGGCAAACAGGGCAGCAGGGCGCACAGGGCUGCAGGGCAGCAGGGCGCACAGGGCUGCAGGGCAGCAGGGCGCGCGGGGCGCGCAGGGCUGCAGUGCGCGCAGGGCAGCAGGACAGCAGGGCGCGUAGGGCGCGCAGGGCUGCAGGGCGCACGGGGCGCAGCAGGGCUGCAGGGCGCGCGGAGCGCGCAGGGCAGCAGCAAGGGCUGUAGCGGCAACAGCAAGGCAGCAGGGCGCGCAGGGCUGCAGGGCAGCAGGGCGCGCGGGGCGCGCAGGGCUGCAGGGCGCACGGGGCGCACAGGGCUGCAGGGCGCGCGGGGCGCACAGGGCAGCAGGGCAGCAGGGCGCACAGGGCUGCAGGGCAGCAGGGCGCGCGGGGCAAACAGGGCAGCAGGGCGCACAGGGCUGCAGGGCAGCAGGGCGCACAGGGCAGCAGGGCGCGCAGGGCUGCAGUGCGCGCAGGGCGCGCAGGGCAGCAGGACAGCAGGGCGCGCAGGGCUGCAGGACGCGCGGGGCGCACAGGGCAGCAGGGCGCGCGGGGCGCAGCAGGGCUGCAGGGCGCGCGGGGCGCGCAGGGCAGCAGCAAGGGCUGUAGCGGCAACAGCAAGGGCUGUAGCGGCAGCAGCAGGGCAGCAGGGCGCACAGGGCUGCAGGGCAGCAGGGCGCACAGGGCUGCAGGCCAGCAGGGCGCGUGGGGCGCGCAGGGCUGCAGGGCGCGCAUGGCGCACAGGGCAGCAGGACAGCAGGGAACGAGGGGCAAACAGGGCAGCAGGGCGCGCGGGGCGCGCAGGGCUGCAGUGCGCGCAGGGCGCGCAGGGCAGCAGGACAGCGGGGCGCGCAGGGCGCGCAGGGCUGCAGAUCCCCUCCCCCCCACCGCUGCACCCGCAGCAGGGGGAUGGAGGAGAAGUUGGGGGGGGGGGGGGGGUUGGGGGGGCUGAUGCUGCAACUCCCCUCCCCCCCACUGCUGCUGCAGAUCCCCUCCCCCCCACUGCUGCACCCUCAGCAGGGGGAUAG